ACGAAUUGAAGAAUUGCUUAUUGCUGUGUUGUGUUGUGUUGUCCUUCUCUCGAGCUGGCUUUCACAUUCACUUAAUCACUUCCUUCAUUCGCCCUCUCACACACUCAGCACUCUCAAAUACACCCAAACUCUAACCAAAUUGAAACUCUUCCUAGGGUUAGGGUUUCAAGCCUCCUUCCAAUUCUCGCUGUAAAUGCAUUGCAAUUCCCCGGUUCUACCAUGGAACCAGCAAUGUACGGACACGCCCAGCCUGUAAACAUGCCCGGACAGAUCGCCGCCGGCGAAAGCGACGACGGCUCCGGCGCCGACCCCGCCAUCGACGGCCACCACCACAUUCACUACGAAACGCACGCGCUCGAGGACGGUGGCGGUGGAGUUGGCGGUGGCGGCGUUGUCGUCGAGGAUGUUACCUCUGAUGCUGUCUAUGUUUCUGGCGGUUGUGGCCCUGAAGAGUCUAGUCAACUUACGCUGUCGUUUCGUGGCCAAGUUUAUGUUUUCGAUGCUGUUACGCCUGAUAAGGUUCAAGCUGUAUUGUUACUGUUGGGUGGAUGUGAACUAUCUUCAACUGGUUCGCCAUGUGUGGAUACUGUACCUCAACAGAAUCAGAGGGGUUCAAUGGAAUAUCCAGCACGAUGUAGUCAACCACAGCGAGCUGCAUCUUUAAAUAGGUUCAGGCAGAAGAGGAAAGAGCGGUGCUUUGAUAAGAAAGUCAGAUAUAGUGUACGUCAAGAAGUUGCGCUCAGGAUGCACCGUAAUAAGGGCCAGUUCACUUCAUCAAAGAAACAAGAUGGUGCUAAUUGUUGGGGUACAGACCAAGAGUCAGGACAGGAUGAUAGUCAAUCAGAAACCUCAUGCACGCAUUGCGGCAUUAGUUCAAAAUCCACCCCAAUGAUGCGGCGAGGGCCAUCUGGUCCGAGGUCACUUUGCAAUGCCUGUGGGCUUUUUUGGGCAAAUAGGGGUGCUUUGAGAGACCUUUCUAAGAGAAAUCAGGAACACUCUCUUGCCCCGGUUGAGCAGGUUGAUGAAGGUAAUGACUCAGACUCUCGGACCGCUGUCCCCGCACAUAAUAAUCUUGCUGCUUUCUCUGAUAAUGAUAAUCAAGCUUUGGUAGCUGAUCGUUGAGUUUUCCAAUCAGAAAAUGCCGGAGUCGUUGACUCUGGCAUAGUAGGUUCAUAGUAAUUCCAUUCAGAUUGAACAAUAGAAUGUACAGAUAUAGCAAUACUACCAUCAAUGCAAGAACUUUGUUUUCUAAAUGCUUGGAUCAGUGGCAUUAACUGGUGAUCUCUGAAUGUAUAAUCCGGAAUUUAAAUGAUGCUUGGCGAUAGUUUGACCUUACACUUCGAAUUUAAGUUUGUUUAUCCAUAUGGGGAGGAGUGGAAUUCAAUU